GUCCGAGCCUGGAACGUGUGGCUGGCCUAGACUCAUCCGUCCCGCCUUUACUUAUUCUUCCCCAGGCCUCGCUGCCUGCCUGUCAGACUCGCCAAUCUGUACUACGUCCAUUUCUGGUUUUAUUGUUUCCUAGAUGGUAUGUAGUGUUCAUUUCCCCCGGGUUGCUUGUCUUUGCUUCCUUCUUGUCAAUUAUAUUCAACCGUUGUCACUCGUUAACAGAAACUUGCUACUCACACAGACCCCCAAGCCAAGUCAUCGAUCAGUCAUAACACCAGACGAGGUGGAAUCACUCGAAGAAACUGUUAUCAAGAACCUACAACAACACCCAACGAUACAUCUAUCAAUUAUCACCCAUCCAUCGUCCAUCCAUCCCUCGCCCGCCCCGCCAGUUUACCAGACCAGACCGGACCUACCUAAUCAAGCAACGCUUGCCAGCAACCGAACCACCUCUACCAUCACCAUCACCACCACCAUCAUCAUCAUAAUCGUUCGUUCAAAUCAAAACAAAGGAAAAGUCAAAAUGUCCUGUCCCUGCUCCCGCUGCUUCAGCAACCCCAACCCCUCCACUCCCCACUCAGAACCAUCAUCGCCUCCUCCUCCCUAUUCGCCAUCAGCCGCCGCUUCUCCAGCACUAGAAACAUCGUCGAGCAAGAAAAGUACUGUUGGGUUUCCGUGGUUUAAGAAGAGCAGUUGCAGCGCAAAUCCUCCGCGAUAUAGUGUGGAGAGCACGGCGUCGGACUUGGUGGGGCUUUUGGGUCGGGAUCGGGAUCGGGAUCGUAGGACGACAACAACACAACAACGAGGAAAUGGAGUAGGGUCGGGGGUUGGAGGAUGGACUUGGAGUGGGGAGGGUGUUGGGAGGUAGUGUGGGGGUGAUAUGUACUGACGGGAGUGAGGGAAACGGGAGGAGGAUUGGAGUAUGGGAGGGGAGGGGAUGGAAGUGAUGGAGGGAAGGGAAGAGAAGAGAAGGAAAAGGGGCGGGAAGAGAAGGAUACCUAGGUACCUGAGGAGUGAGGACCGGUUGCAUGAG